ACCAAACCCACUCCUUUUUAAACGCCAUCAUCUCAACUUCCCGCUCUCUUUCCACGCUGCCCAGAAGGAAGAAGAAACUGCACAAAAACGGAGAGAAAAGUGAAGGAAAAUGCUGUUUUAGAGAGUGAAAAUCCCUAGUGAUUGUGUGUCUGCAACUUCGAUCUUCAUCGGAGGAGGAGAAAAGCUUUCAGGUCUGAAGUAAUGUCUCAGGAUUCAAGAACCAAUGCACUGAUCACUAAAGUGAACAAGGAUGGAAUUUUAGAUGAUUGCUCUAGCGUUAUGGAGGGAGAUACAAAUCAGGAGAAGGAAGAAGAAUCAGAUACCGAGACAAUAAAAGAUUCAACAUCAUCUCAAGGGGAUUCCUUGACAACUGAGGAUAAGAAAGUAGAAAGAGUUUCUGGAGUUCACAAAAGUGUUCCCAUUAAGGUUUCCUCAGAUAGGAGUGCCCCUGGAUCUAAAAUGAGUUCUGACAGCGAAAAUGAUAAGCCAGUAAGCAGAACUCCUAAAAAACCUGUGAAAACUGAAAGAGGGACUUCUAAAGUUGCCACCAAGAUUUCAUCUGAGAGGAAGUCUAGAAAUAUGGAAGUUCCUACUAAACCUUCAUUAGAUACUUCUGAAGAAGUUGAUAACAAGAAUUUUGAGGAGAUAAAAGAAACUGAUGUUGUGGACGAGACAUCAAAUGGUGCGCGAAGUGUUGAAAGUGACAAUGAACCUGUUGAUCCUGAAGAAAAUAUUCAACAUGAAGAUAAUUCAGCUUUAAAAGAAAAGAUCAAUGAGAUGGAGAUUAGAAUUGAGAAACUUGAAGAGGAGCUGAGAGAAGUAGCUGCUCUUGAGAUUUCACUUUAUUCUGUUGUUCCUGAGCACGGUAGCUCGGUGCAUAAGGUACACACCCCUGCUCAACGCCUUUCUAGACUCUACAUUCAUGCUUGCAAGCACUGGACUCAAAGCAAGAGGGCUACAAUUGCUAAAAACACUGUAUCUGGGCUGAUUCUAAUUGCGAAUUCCUGCAGUAAUGAUGUUUCAAGGUUGAGCUUCUGGUUGUCAAAUACCAUAGUGCUGAGGGAGAUCAUUUCUCAGGCAUUUGGCAGUUCACGUAACUCAAGUCCAGUUACGAAGCUUCCAGAAUCAAAUGGGAGUAGCAGGAGUGGAGUGAAGUUUACAACCUUGAAGUGGAAGGGAGGUACCAGCAGCAAACAAGUGAACAAUUUUGUGCAGCUUAUUGAUGAUUGGCAGGAUACAGGAACCUUCACAUCCGCUCUAGAAAGAGUGGAAUCUUGGAUAUUUUUACGAAUAGUUGAGUCACUAUGGUGGCAGGCUUUGACUCCAUAUAUGCAAUCUCAAGCAGAGGGUUUGUCAACUACAAACACGGUUGGAAAGUUGUUGGGACCUGCCUUAGGUGAUCUGCAACAACGAAGCUUUUCAGUCAAUCUGUGGAAAAAAGCCUUCCAAGAUGCUUUUCAACGUAUUUGUCCUGUUAGAGCAGGAGGCCAUGAGUGCGGUUGCUUGCCUGUCCUGGCAAGAAUGGUUAUGGAACAAUGCAUCGCCAGGCUAGAUGUGGCAAUGUUCAAUGCUAUUCUGCGGGAGUCAGCCCAUGAGAUCCCCACUGAUCCUGUAUCUGAUCCUAUAGUAAAUUCCAAGGUUUUGCCUAUACCAGCUGGGGAUUUGAGCUUUGGAACCGGGGCUCAACUCAAAAAUUCGGUUGGCAACUGGUCUAGAUGGCUUACUGAUAUGGUGGGCAUGGAUACUGGUGAUUUUCAAAAAGAAGAUGAGCUUAUCAAUGAUGAUGAUUUUGGGCAUGGUGGAGAGCGAAAGCCAAAAUCCUUUCUUCUCCUUGAUGAACUUAGCAAUCUUUUGAUGCUUCCAAAGGACAUGUUAAUGGAUCGUUCUAUCAGAAUGGAGGUGUGCCCAUCAAUCAGUCUUUCAUUGGUUAAACGAAUACUCUGCAACUUUACACCUGAUGAAUUAUGUCCAGAUGCUGUUCCAGGUCCUGUACUAGAGGCACUGAAUGCUGAGAGCAUUGUAGGGCGGAGGAUAUCUGGAGAAUCAGCUAGAAGCUUCCCUUAUACAGCUGCUCCAGUCAUCUAUACCCCUCCUUCCACUGCAGACGUUGCCAAAAAGGUUGCAGAGGCAGGUGAGAGAUCUCAACUUUCACGGAAUGUGUCUGAAAUACAGAGCAAAGGAUAUACCAGCGACGAAGAACUGGAGGAAUUGGAUUCUCCUCUUGCAUCCAUUGUCGAAAAAUUGCCAUCAUCUCCGACCAUCAAAGCUGAUGAAAAUGUAAAUGAAAAACACAAGCACACUGGCCACGGUGGUGAAAAUGUAAGGUUUGAACUCCUACGCGAGGUUUGGUCUUACUGAGUCUUAAAAGUCGGUUCUUUGUGUAUACCUGUAGUCUUUUGUGUCAGAGGAGAAGUGAAGGUAAAAACUUGAGAGAAAAUAUGAAGAAAAUUUCCUUGUAAUU